GCAUGUCUUGCUGCUAACCGGAAGCGGAAAUAGCGAGGGAGCGGUUGGUUGACAGCUGCUGGUCAACUGAAGUGGUUCGCCAGCAAAACAAUAAAAUUGUGCAGAGAUGGAGCUGUGUGAAAUAUUAUACAACAAGGCUGAAUACAUCGAGACGGCAUCAGGCAACAAAGUCAGCAGACAAUCGGUUCUUUGCGGCAGUCAAAACAUUGUUCUCAAUGGAAAAACUGUCGUGAUGAAUGACUGCAUCAUCAGAGGAGAUCUCGCUAAUGUCAGAGUUGGGCGCCACUGUGUCAUUAAAAGUCGCAGUGUGAUCAGACCUCCGUUCAAGAAAUUCAGCAAAGGCGUGGCUUUCUUCCCCUUGCAUAUUGGGGAUCAUGUGUUCAUAGAGGAGGACUGUGUUGUCAACGCUGCACAGAUAGGAUCAUACGUCCACAUUGGCAAGAACUGUGUGAUUGGUCGGCGCUGUGUCUUGAAGGACUGUUGUAAGAUACUGGAUAAUACUGUCCUUCCCCCAGAGACAGUGGUUCCUCCAUUUACAAUAUUCUCUGGCUGUCCAGGUUUGUUUUCAGGAGAGCUCCCUGAAUGUACACAGGAACUGAUGAUCGACGUUACCAAGAGUUACUACCAGAAAUUCCUCCCUCUCAGCCAGAUCUAGGACUGAACUUUUAGUUUUUGUCUCGCUCACUUUCAUUCUGGGACCAAAGGAACCAAUAUGGACUAAUAUUCCCCAACCAUCUCUUUAGCUCUAAGUUAAAAGUUGUAAAUCUCAAACAAAGAAAUGCCACUAUUAGUUUUAUUCACAGUUGUAUUCACUUGCAGUAAAAAUCCCUCGCUAUGAUGAUAACAGAAUAUGAAAUGAUAAAAUAUGUGAUUUGUAUGCAAAACACCAUAUCCUUGUUUUCAUGUCAGUAUUUUUCGAUUUCUGUUAGUGUAUCUCAUAUAAUGUCACUGUACACUGCAGUCCUGCUGGUGUGGCUGGAAAAAAAUAUCAUGACAGUGAUUUGCUGUUAGACUGAAGGGCCUUUAUUUAUUAAACUUUGCCAUUUCUGCAACACUAAACAUUUUCUGUUUGUAAACACAGAUUACAGACACAGAUUACAGAUAAUAAAUACAUUUGAAAUGACCACAGCACGUUUUGGGGGCUUUUACCAAACAACAUGCUCCUUUUGUAAGGUGCAGUCACAUUAGUGAAAUUUUGGUUAACAAAAACACCUCGUCUACUGUCAAUAGUGUAGCGAUGUUUGAAG